GGUCGAUACAAUGUUUUCUCCUACUUCCCAAUGUGACCUCACUCAACCCCUGUCGCUCUGGGUGUGAGAGCUUCACCACCAGCAUUGCUUGAGGUAAUGAUUGGAGGAAAACAUCUGCUGCUCCUGGCAGAGUUCAUGCUCCUGGCAAGAUGUCAGGAAAAGCUAACAGUUUCUAUGUGGCCCAAACUCGAAGAGUUUUUCCCUGGGGACUUAUUUUAUUUGAGCUGUGACAACAUUGCAAGCAGUAGCAGAGUGCAAUGGUACUUAAACAACACAGUUGUUAAACAAUCGCCGACUAGUGAAACAUGGAAGAUUGCAGUUGCUUCACCCAAGCACUCAGGCUUUUACCAUUGUGAGAACAACGGGCAAAGGAGCGACAAUUUGUUCAUCAACGUCCAAGAAUAUGCUCCCAUUGCCUCACUCACCAUCAAGACUGGCCACCCAGUGAUGAAGACCGGACAUUCAGUCAUGCUGCAGCUCGACAAUGAGGAUGGUCUGCAGGGAUGGAAAUGCGGCGUCUACAGGAGAGCAUUAAAUCAGAUGAAGAAGAUUAAGUUCCACUUGAAGAUCACUACGAGUGUGGUCUUUCAAACCACGAGAAUAAAUGCCCCCGAGACGAUUUUCUGGUGUUACGAUAGUACUAAGAAAAUGAGAAGUAACCAAAUCAUAAUCAGAGCCUCGGAUAAGGAAGUAUCGCUGGAAAUGUAUCCCCUGCCUCCUGUAGUUGGGGAGCCUCUGACUCUGAGAUGCCUCGUCUGGGGCACGGAUCAAAUCAGCAACACCGUUUUCUACAAAGACAAUGCAGUGAUUAUUGGUGCCGUCAGCUCUACCCACACAAUCACCAACGUGACCGAAUUAACAGAGGGGCAAUAUAAAUGUGAUGUCACCUACACACACAAGGCCCAGGCCGCCGGGCCCCCCUAUCAUGAAGUCUCCGACACUCAAGAAGUGUUUGUCCAAGUGCAUCCUAUCAGGGCGAUUAUCUCUGAAAUCUAUGGCUUGUCGUGUUCUUGUCCACUUUGUGGCAGAGAUUCCUCCUAUCAUUGGUACCACAGGAAUGAUGAUCAGCUAUGGGCAUCUAUGGGUUUCAACUCAAACUACUUCACACCAAAAGCAAGUGGCUCUUACGCAUGUAGAGCUGUGUGGACCAACGGGAGAUCUUUUCUUAGCAACUCUUAUGCUUAUCAGCUCAGCGGUUCUGACGAAUUAACCAUUUUCAUCAUCAUACUCCUGGUCAUUCUCACCAUCGUGCUGGUGACAGGUUUAGCAGUUUGGUAUAAAUAUCAUAAGAAGAAGAGUAAUACCACAGGCCCAGUUUACGAGGAAGUGGCGUUGAGGUCACGAGAUGAGAACAAAUAUGAGACGCUGCAGAAGGCGCAUGGUGCCCGUGGAGAAGCAGAGUACGACACCCUUUUCCCAGUAACAUCAGGCAGAGAGAAGAAGGAGGGUGAUUAUCAACAGCUGAAGAAAGAGGAAAUGAAGGACGGGACAUACUACACCCUGGGAAUGGAGGGGGCAGCAGGAGGAGGAAUGAUAUGAACCACUGAAGGGGGAGCAGGAAUGAAAGAGGGGGUAUACCACACUUUGGGAAUUUAGGGCACAGGUGGAGGAGAGAGAUGAUACGAAGCAAUAUGGGGGAGAGGACAAAGACAAAUAAUAUGAGAUAGUGACAGAAGGUCAGGGGAAGGACGAGAAGCAAAAGUGUGAGCCAUGUAAAUGAGAGUAAGAGGGUCUCAGUAGCCUUUAUGCUUAAGAAAAACAUUUCAAACCAUCAAAGUUAGGUGAUAUCUUGGACUCAGUCCUGAGGAUCAAAUUCUAUGAUUAGACAAAAUUGAAAUAUGCAGUUAGGUCCGUGUGGGAAAGUUAGGUAACUUGACUCUGGAUGAUUGAAAAUAUAUAUCUAGUGGCAAAUCUAUAUUAGCCUGUAAGGGAAAGCACACUUCUUUAGGUCAGAAACCUGAAUAGACGUUCUGAAAUUACCAACCUACUUACCAAACGUCAGUUAAUGCAAGAGCAGAAAUAGCAACAACCCAAUAAAGAAUAUUCUGUAUGUUGUAUGGUGCAGCAACGGACAAUUGCUGCCAUUUUUUAAUAAUGAUUAUAAUAAUAAUAUAAUAAUAAUAUAAUAAUGAUAAUAAUUUCAUUUUAAACAGAAUAUUCUUUAUAAUGUCGUCACACGUAACCAGAAGAGAAAAUGAAACAUUUUGUGACACCAACAUUCGAAAACAAAAUGUAUUGAAUGUGCAAAGUCAGUAAAACCUUGCAUUAGGUUAAGGUGUAAGACAAUCAAGUGGUAUUGAUCUGUUUGAGUAAUUGUUCAGCUUAGAUCUUGGCAGCUCAUUUUCGUAACAUUUAUUCUCAUAUUGCAUACUGAACCUUGCUCCCAUGAUUCAGCUCACUGAAACUAAAUAGUCAGUAUAUUUAAUGUCAGUGUUCAGUGAUGGGAAAAGGUGAGAAAAUUAUUCUCCAGCUAAAUGCAUUUUGCUUAUUUUCCCUUGUCAUAUAGUUUCAUUUGUAGAGAGAUGGAUAACCUCAUGAUCUUUAAUAUAUGUCAAAAACUAUUUGCUUUACAAGUAUCUUGUGUCAUUUCCGCAAAUUGAACAUUUGUAUACGGCAAUAUUCUAUUUUGCAUUUAAAUGUGAAUGUAGUUUGUAGUUUUUAAACAACAAUCUGCAAAAUCAAUAAAAUUCAACAAAUGCCAAUUAAA